AUGAAAAGGGUGGCAUAUACAUGGAUGCUACUCUUCAUGUGCCUUUUGGGGCAUCUCAUAAUAUAUGGAGAAGCUAAUGAGGCAGAAGCCCUUGAUAACUUUCUCAAGUCCAGAUUGUCAAAGAAACCAUCUCCGGUGGUGCAUUCUUGGGCAUGGUUGAAUGAGAAAACUGGGAAUAUUUAUCCUAAUUAUAUUCAGCCUCAAGAUGGAUCCAUGGAGACUGAUAAAAUCGGUGCAUUGCCUGGUCAACCUAAUGGUGUUGAUUUCAACCAUUAUUCAGGAUAUGUGACUGUUGAUUCUAAGGCUGGUAGAGCACUUUUCUACUAUUUUGUCGAGUCCCCCGACAACUCUUCCACAAAUCCAUUGGUUUUAUGGCUCAAUGGAG